AUGAGUGUUUCAAUGACGAUGAAUGGAGCCGUGAUCCCAGUUCUUGCCAUGUACAUUGUCGCUGCUGAAGAGGCAGGUGUAGCACGGAAAUAUCUCAAAGGAACUAUCCAAAACGACAUACUCAAAGAGUUUAUGGUGCGUAACACAUAUAUCUAUCCACCAGAGCCGUCCAUGCGUAUUAUUGGCGAUAUUUUUGCGUUCAGCAGCAAAGAGAUGCCUAGAUGGAAUUGUAUCUCAAUUUCUGGUUAUCAUAUGCAGGAAGCUGGUGCUGAUGCGGCUCUGGAGAUGGCUUUCACAAUCGCCGACGGUCUACAAUACUGUCAAACUGGCAUUGAAGCUGGUCUGAGUAUUGACUCAUUUGCGCCACGACUUAGCUUUUUUUGGGGUAUUGGCAUGAAUUUCUACAUGGAGAUUGCAAAAAUGCGAGCAGCACGGCGAUUAUGGGCUGAACUUAUGCAGGAACGAUUCAAACCAAAGAAGAAGAAAUCGCUUCUACUUCGCACUCAUUCACAGACUAGUGGAUGGUCUCUCACAGAACAGGCCAGUUCACACAUUGUGUACAUUGUCCAUUGUAUACAAUUGUUCGAUCCAUACAACAAUAUCAUUAGAACAACUAUCGAAGCCAUGGCUGCCGUAUUCGGUGGGACACAGUCUCUGCACACAAACUCCUACGAUGAAGCGAUUGCAUUACCCUCAAAGACUUCAGCGCACAUUGCAAGAAACACGCAAAUUAUUCUUCAGGAGGAGAGUGGUAUUUGCAAAGUAUGCGCGUAAUU